CUUCUCCCUAUCCCCCAGGCUCUCUCAUUUAUCACCUUUGUCUGCUAUGUGGCAUCUUCAGCAUCCGCCUUCCUCACAGCACCCCUGCUGGAGUUCCUGCUGGCCCUCUUCUUCCUCUUUGCUGAUGCCAUGCAGCUGAAUGACAAGUGGCAGGGCUUGUGCUGGCCCAUGAUGGAUUUCCUACGCUGUGUCACAGCUGCCCUCAUCUACUUUGCCAUCUCCAUCACAGCUGUCGCCAAAUACUCAGACGGGGCUUCCAAAGCAGCUGGGGUGUUUGGCUUCUUUGCCACCAUUGUGUUUGCAAUUGACUUCUACCUGAUCUUUAACGAUGUGGCCAAAUUCCUCAAACAAGGGGACUCCACAGAUGAGACCACAGCCAACAAGGCGGAAGAAGAGAAUUCUGACUCAGACUCCGACUGAAGGCCUGCCCUGCCCUGGCAACCUGAGCCACGCGGGCCUUCACUCCUAUACUUCAGAUCCACUGGCCGGAGCGUGUGGCCAGGGGACUGGGUGUGUUGGGAUGGAGGUUGUGACUUCUCAAGCAGCAGCAGGAGUUGCUGGUGGAGUGGGCCUCCUCACAGCCCCAUGGUGACAUUUCCAAGCCCAGCAUACUAGACGGCGCCCCUUGGCUUAGCAUAUCUAACCACUCUGCAUGGGAGGGCAUCGUGAAUAUUUUGCUACUCCUUCUCCUUUCUGUCCCACAGACCUUAAAGCCCAGUAACCUCUCUGCCAAAAAUAAGCACAAAAGGACAAAGCACAUACAGCCUUGUGACCCCCACUGCAGGAAGCAUUUCAUGCUGGCGGUGGGGGGCAGUGGGACAGGACACAGGACAACAGACAAGUAAGACAGAAACCACCAUGGGGCCAAGUGCCAACCCGCCACGCCCCAGUGGCUUUUGUUUGCUUUGGUGCCCCUGCUCAUGCCAGGCACUUUGUCGAGAAUGAUCCUUCCAAGAUUCUUUGGUUCAAGGAGCACCAGUUCCCUUUUCAUUCUUGAAGCAGAGAGAAAACUGACCUUUGCCCUAUCAUCUAGGAGAGAGUGGGUCUUGGUGCCCAUAUCUGACACCUCACAUCCUUGGAGAGCCUAUCUUCUUCAGGUGACAUGACUAAUCAGGGUCUAAGACUUUCAAAGAAAAGUUCGUAGACUAGCUUACCACGUCCAACAGAUUGAGGGUACCAAAAGAUGCAAUAGCAGUGCCCGCAUCCUAGGUAGCUGGGCAGGCCCAGCCACACCCUGUGUCCCUGGGGGCCCACUGGCAGGCAGCAGGCUCCUGGGAGCUCAGGACAAUGUGCUUCUAGACACCUGAGCAGGUCUCCUGACCACCUCGUUGAGAGGUGAAACGUGCCUUCUGUGUUCACCUGGGGACCUAUGCUGUAUAUAUCUGCAGUGGGAUUUUUUAACUUUAUAUAAGUUUUUUUUUUAUAUAAAAGCUGCUUCUUAAAUAGCAUUUCCUGUGACCCAAGAGGCCUUAUGAAUGAGCCAGAGAUCUGGACCCCUUUGGGGGCAUUUGUAACUUUUAUUCUUUUGCAUGUGAAUCUCCUACCCUGAAAAUAGCCAUAAUGGAUUAAACCAGACUGACUACCUAC